CAUCUAUCACCAGCCUCUCAAGCAUCCUUUACACGUGGCUUCUGUUUAAACCUCCCCCAAAACUCAACUAACCUUCAAAACUACAAAUGCAUUACCCAACAAAUCUUGUUAUGGACAGCCUAAAAUCUCCCCUGCGGCCUCCUACUUACGGAAACCUAAUCACUAUUCUUAGCAUUGAUGGAGGUGGAAUCAGAGGGAUUAUUCCCGGAAUUAUACUGGCCUUUUUAGAGGCUCAACUUCAGAAACUGGAUGGUGAGGAAGCAAGACUAUCAGACUAUUUCGAUGUCAUUGCCGGAACUAGUACCGGUGGCCUGGUGACUGCCAUGUUAAGCACACCAGACGAAAUGAACCGCCCUCUGUUUGCUGCUAAAGACAUAAAGGACUUUUACCUUGAACACUGCCCUAAAAUCUUCCCUCAAGACAGUAGCGCUCUGUUUGCUCCUGCUACAAAUCUGGUGAGAUCUCUAUCAGGACCAAAAUACGAUGGAAAAUACCUGCAUGACGUUAUCAGUGAAAAAUUAGGAGAGAAAACACUGAGCCAGGCGUUGACAAAUGUUGUGAUUCCGACCUUCGAUAUCAAAAACCUCCAGCCUACAAUCUUCUCCAGCUACAAGGUGAAGCAUGACCCUUGCUUGAAUGCUUUGCUCUCCGAUAUUUGCAUUUCAACCUCCGCCGCUCCGACUUACCUUCCGGCGCACCAUUUUGAAACUGAAGAUUACAUCAAUGGAAAACUGAGAGAAUUCAACCUUGUUGACGGCGGUGUUGCUGCUAAUAAUCCGACUUUAGUUGCCAUAAGUGAAGUGACGAAAGAAAUCACGAAGGGAAACCGGGAUUUCUUUUCAAUAAAGGCAAUCGAUUACAGUCGGUUUCUGGUUAUAUCUCUGGGGACAGGUACAGCGAAAAGCGAAGGAAAGUAUAGUGCUUUAAAUGCAGCUAAAUGGGGUCUUCUGGGAUGGUUGACCUUCGACGACUCCACUCCUUUGGUAGAUGUGUUUACUCAAGCUAGCAGCGACAUGGUUGAUUUCCAUCUGGCUACUGUUUUUCAAGCCCUAGAUUCCGAGGAUAGUUAUCUUCGAAUACAGGAUGAUACGUUAACGGGACCAUUAGCCUCUGUGGAUGUUGCUACGGAAAAGAACUUGGAGGAUCUUGUGAAAGUUGGGGAAGAACUGUUGAAGAGGCCUGUUUCCAGGGUUAAUUUGGAUAAUGGCCAGGUUGAGGCUGUCAGUAGCAAGGAAACAAAUGCAGAAGCUCUCAUAAGAAUGGCAGCUAUACUUUCCAAGGAGAAGUGCCUGCGUCACAUGAGAACACCACAUGGACACGUUGCUCAGAAGAAAUGAGGAAUGAAUCAAUCUCAAAUUAAUAAAUCUUGCAGCUUAUCCAAUGCGUUUCAGUGUGGCAUCCUAAUAAUUAUAAAAUAGGAGUUAACUAUAUGUUUGUAUCAUAAACAGUGUGCUCCCCUUUUACUAUUGGUGCAAUUUCUCCAGUUUAUGUGUUCAAGAAACUGUUCAAGAAAUUACUAAGUGUUAC